AUGCUGCUAGCGAUUACUAGUAAGUCCAUCACUGAUCUAGAGGAUAUUGAUUGUUCUUUGGACCCCAUGAUAGAGAGAGAAGUUAAAAGAUAUCAGAGCAAUACAGAGAUAAAGAAAGAGGAGAAGAAGGAUAAGAAGAAGGAGCAUGGAGAAAAUAAGAGGUUGAAAGAAACAGAGAACAAACUGCUUACUUCAUCCGGAGAGAAAUCACGAGAACUAGAGGAGUCCAAGGUAGAGAUUGCUUGGUUGAAAGAGAAAAUCGACGAAUCUUCUAAGAGCCAAAAUUCGAUCGAAGACGAUAGCUCUGUUCAAAAUUUUGAUAUCUACUCCUUGAAGAUCGAGAUGGAUUCUACCAAGGAGAGUCUUGCUCAGGCUCACGCCGCUGCGGAGACUUCUUCUCUAAAGGUAUCUGACUUGCUCGAAGAGAUGAAGUACGUUAAGAACAUGCUCAAGGAAGCGACCGAGACUGAGAUGAAGAGCAAGAUAACAAUGGAUGAUUUGGCGUUGACUUUGAAAAAGGUAGCUACUGACUGUAGCCAGGCCAAAGAGAAGCUUGUGGUUGUAAAAACAGAGCUCGAGGCUACGAGGUUUGAUUCUAAGGAAUGGAAGGAGAAGCACGAGGAUGCGAAGAAAAAAACUGAGCUGUUCAAGAACACGAGCGUGAGGAUAAGGAUUGAAGAGGAUGAGUCUUUUUUGGCUUGGAAUAAGAAAGAGACUGCGUUCAUGAGUACUGUAAAGAGAGGAGAAGAUGAGAAGAGCCUGCUUCUUGAGCAGAACAAUAGGUUGCUUGUGGCUCUCUUCGCAGCUGAGAAUCAGAGCAAAAGGGCUAAGGACGAGAAUCAAAGGGUUAGAGAUAUACUUAAACCAGUGAUAAGCGAAGCUAAUGUGGCUAAAGAAGCGGUCGAUAGGGCUGUGAAUUCAAAGCUGAAAGAUUCCUUGCUGGACAAGGAAGAGGAGUUGCAGUUUUCUUUGAAGGAAGUUGAGAGAGUGAAGAUUAAUAAAGCUGCUGCCAGUGACAAUGAUAAGAAGUCAAAGAAGCUGUUGUCUGAGGUUGAGGUAGCCAUGGAGGAAGAGAAACACAUAAGCUUAAGAAAGAAAGAGUCCACGCAGAAGGAAGUAGAGGUUAAGGUAUUAACGAUUCUGAACAUAGAGGUCGAGACUUUAGAUGCUGAUGAUUCUCAUGUUAAAGCUUCUGCCUCUGAAGAUGUUUAUAGUUGUUAUAUCACGGAGUUUCUGGGACAGAUUAGAACUUCAAAACAGGAAACAGAUUUGGAACAUAGUUUGAUGAGAGAAGCAGGUUUGGUGAACCGCGUGAAUAAGUUUGAUACGAAGUAUCUUCAAUGGGGAAACAACUGA